AUGGAUGCUGUCUUGUUCAAAGCUGCAGCUGAAGGCGAUAUCGGUCCCUUUGAGAAUUAUCAAACCUGCCUUGAUCAGUUAUUGACUCCAGACGAGAACACCAUUCUUCAUGUCUACUUAGGAAACCAAAGUAGGGAACCGGAAUCCACUGAUUUUGUUGAUAAAAUUCUUGAAAUGUGUCCACAACUAUUAUUGCAGGCCAAUAAGAAAGGUGAAAUCCCACUCCAUUUGGCAGCAAGAUAUGGUCAUUCCAACGUGGUAAAGGUCCUCAUUGACCGCGCAAAAGCUCGACCUACUGAUCCAGAGAGCGGAGUAACAGAAGCAAAAAAGAUGUUGAGGAUGACCAAUGAAGAGCAAGAUACAGCGUUGCACGAGGCAGCUCGAAAUAGGCGGAGCCAUGUGGUGGAAAUAUUGACUAAAGAGGACCGGCCUGAGCUUUCAUAUUCCGCCAAUGUUCAUGGAGAAACUCCACUUUAUAUUGCUGCUUCCAGUUGGGGUCAAGAACAAGAAAAGGUGAUCGAUGAAAUCCUUGCUAAUUGCAUUUCAGUACUGGACUAUGGCGGCCCUAAUGGUAGAACUGCUCUGCAUGCGGCAAGCGCGGUGGGAGACCAUGAACGGCUGGUCACCCACUACGCUGCCUUUUUCUCUACUUGGUUAAAUAUUUCAGUUGUGAAAGUAUUACUAGAAUAUGAUGCGUCCGCGGCCUACAUUGCUGAAACAGAGAAGAAGAGAACAGCUCUUCACAUUGCAGCCAUUCAAGGACAUGUAAACGCAAUGAAAGAGAUUGUUUCUCGAUGUCCAGCAUGUUGUGAGCUAGUUGAUAACAGAGGUUGGAAUGCCCUUCACUAUGUUGUGGCCAGUAAGAGAACCGAAGUAUUUAAGGAAUGUCUGAGGAUUCCAUUACUUGACAGACUUAAAACGAAGAAGGAUAACAAAGGAAACACGCCCUUCCAUCUAAUUGCUGCUUUGGCACUCAAGCUUGACAACUGGUUACUUGUUUUUCGGUUUACAGAAGAAGGAAUAUAUGGCCUUAAUAAGCAAAAGCUGAGCAUCAAGGACAUAUAUAACGGACGUUUAGCUGAGAUACAGGAGAUCCUAGAAUCCCUUGAAGAUGUUGGCAGUGGACCGUUUGGCUGCCGCCGGCGCAUUGUUCUGGAAGAAACGAAUGAGAAAAACAAAAAGGAAAAGGAUGCUUCGAAUAAAGCAUGAGUCUUUGAUUACUCCAGUGAAGACAAUCAAUAGGAUAAAAAAAAACAGAGAGAAGGAAUUAUUAAAAAAUGCAAGAUCCAUGGUAUCAUGGAAAGAUGAAGAAAACCCAGUACGCCAGUUCGCUCAAUAAACAAGGGCACAGACAAUUGACAAUGAAGAAAACCCUUUA